AUGGGGAGCGGGGAGGAGGGCGACCGGAAGGCGUACAAGGAGUUUAUGGAGAAGGUGAAGAGGACGGUUUUCAUCGACUACCUCUCGCCGAUGGUGACGGUGCCGAUUCUGAAGACGGCGAUCGGGCAGUUCGGCAACGUUCUCGGGGUGCACUUGAUCCCCAACUGGCUGGAGCAGGGGGAGGUCCCGCAGUGCGCCCUAGUGGAGAUGGAGAGCGAGACGCAGGCGAGGUGCGUCGUCUCCGAGAUGAGUGCGCUGCCCUUCAUGAUAUCCGGCAUGCCGAGGCCCGUCAGGGCGCAGCUGGCGAGGGAGGAGAUGUUCUGCGACAGACCCAGAAACCCCGACCGGAGGAGGAUGAAGGCGCAUUGGGUGGAUCCCUCCGACGCGGAGCAGUUCGAAGCCGGCCAGAGGAUGAAGCAGCUCGUCAGCAAACACGACAUGGAAUCUGGAGGGCUGCUUCAGGUGAUGGUGGUGCCCCCUUCCUCUCCCCUCCAACCCCCCCAGCCAUGGCUGCUUCUCUUCCUCUCGUUCGUUUUUUGGGAGAGACAGGAGGGUUGAAUUGUCAAUGAACAGCCCGUGCCGUCUGUGCAGUAUCAGUUGGAGGAGGAGGAGAAGCUGGCGGAGCAGCAGCAGGAGGUGCUCAAGCAGAACUACGAGAAGCACGAGAUAAUAGAAGGCAUCGUGCAGGAUGGAUCACUGGCUCGUCUGGCAGAGCGAUAUAAGAUGAAGAUCAGUGAUUAUCAGAGUGUAGUCUAG